AUGCCGCUGCGCGCUUUGGGCGUCUUCCUGGCUCCGGCCGCCGCGGCGGCGGCGGCCGUGCUCGACUGCGGGGAUUUGCCGCGCUAUGCUCUUGCCAGAAGUAGAGACUUUUUCUCACUGCGGAUGUACAGCCUAUGGUACAUCAUCGACAACGGCGCAGAUGCUGUGUCGGUGGAUGCGGCCUGGGACAUUGCGCGACUGCAGCGGUACGUCGAGAAGCAGGGCCUCAAGCUCGUCGCUGGGCUGUACACCCACGGCCACUUCGACCACAUCGGGGGGUCCGUGCCCGGCUCACCGGCCUCGCCUCUACCGGGCGCCACGGAGCUUCACCGGGCCAAGGUGCCACUAUUCCUGGGUGCUGGCGACAUCGAUGCCGCAACGCUGCAGACGAAGCUCGGGGCUGACACGUGGAGGCCCUUGAAGGAAGGAGACACACUCUCCGUGCUUGGAGAUGAGCUGCCAAUCCUCGUGAUCGACUCGCCCGGGCACACCAUAGGUGGCGUCACAUUCUGGCUCCGUGGUACCGGCCCGGGCGUGCGGGCUGAGUGUGCCGAAGGAAUGCUCCUCACGGGCGACACGCUGUUCUUGAAGAAUGUGGGCCGCACGGACCUUCCAGGUGGCGACUCCACCACUCUUCUGCGGAGCCUCUCGCGGCUAAGUGCUACCCCUGAGGGCGUCCAGGUGCUGCCUGGGCACAGCUAUGAUGCCCCACCCCGCCGCAGCACCAUGGGCACCGUUCGCAGUGACUGCGGCAUGAUGCGCAGUGCGGUGGCAAAGUUCCCACCGGCAAGCCUGCCGCCCCUGCCGAGCCACCGCAUCCAAACUUCUAGCGAGGAGCUGUGA